UCGUUUUCUAUCUCAUUUUUAUCAUCUUGUCUCUAUUCUCCCAUGAAAUCUAUCUCCCUCUUCUACUUUUGUACCCUCCUCUAACAAUCAACUUCUCUAUGGAAAUCAUAGACCAAGAGGACUUCUUGACCCUCAAACUCUCCAUAGCUCCGAACCACGACGGCGAGAGAAAGAUGAAAAGAACCCAAACCACGGAAGAUAUAUCAAACUACUCAAGCCCGACGCAUGAAAUCCCGGAGGAGGGCAAGAUCAUCUCCCUCCUCCAAACAAGGGAGACAAUGCUAAAGAUGGAUCACAACAAGAGAUCAAAUGAAGGUGAAAGCCUCCAUUUGAUCCAUUCCCUCUUCAUCGCUGCUGCCUCCGUGAAUGAAAACGACACGACCUCGGCCCUCGAAAACCUCUCCCAACUCUACCAUUCUGUCUCCUUGAGAGGCAACUCCGUCCAACGAGUUGCAACCUACUUCACCGACACCCUCCUAGCCCAUCUCCUCACCCGAAAAUCGCCCUUCUACGAUGCCAUCAUGAAGGGGCCCUCACCCGAGAUGGAGUUAUCGGCUUUCAUAUCUCUUUACAAGGCCUCACCAUUCUACCAAUUUGCUCACUUCACAGCCAAUCAAGCCAUCAUCGAAGCCUUCGAGAGAGAGGGCAGUAAGGCUCUUCACGUGAUCGAUUUCGACGUCUCCUACGGCUUCCAAUGGCCCUCCCUCAUGCAGUCCCUAUCAGAAAACGCCACUCCCACAAACAAGAUUUCUUUAAAGAUCACUGCCUUCGGUGAGAAUGUGGAAGAGUUCCAAGAAACUGAAUCAAGAUUGGUGAGCUUCGCAAAGGGCUUCCCCAACCUCGUUUUCGAGUUCCAUCGCCUUGUUAGAGGAUCCAAGAAUGUGAAGAUGGAGAAGAGGAAGGAUGAGACAGUUGCUAUCAACUUAGUAUUCCAUCUCACUUCACUCAAAACUCUCUCCAAAAUCUCAGAAACUCUAAGCUUUGUCUACUCUCUUAAGCCCUCGAUUGUCGUUCUAGUCGAGCAAGAAGGCACAUGCAGCAGCAACAAGUUCUUACCUAGAUUCAUGGAGUCUUUGCAUCAAUUUGCAGCGAUUUUUGAUUCAUUGGAUGACUGCCUUCCAUUAGAGAGUGAUGAGAGGCUGAGCAUUGAGAGGGAUCAUCUUGGGAAGGAGAUUAGGAGUGCGAUAAACUAUGAUAGAGACAACAACAGGAGCUGUCCGAUGUUUGAGAAGAUGGAGACAUGGAGUGGGAGGAUGGAGAGAAGGGGCUUUGUGGGAGUUGAGCAGAGCUGCAGAGCUGUGAUGCAGGCAAAGUUGCUGCUGAAAACCAGAAGCCAUUGUUGCCCAAUCAAGUUUGAUGGAGAGAAUGGUGGUUUUAGAGUUUUUGAGAGAGAGAAUGGCAAAGCUAUCUCUCUAGGAUGGCAAGAUAGAAUUUUGAUCACAGCAUCUUCUUGGUGUUUAGGUGUAUGAAAUGAAAUUCU